AUGGUUCUCAGCAAGUUGGUUGCCUUCAUCUACAACUUGAUUGGUGUAAGAGUCCAUGCAAGAAUAAAAGAAGCAGCGGCAGCCUAUGCGGUGAUCAAGCCAGAUAUCUCGAAGAAGGUCAAGGAGGGACAAAGCAACUUCCAGGCAAGACCGUGUGCCGGCGAAGCUUCAGAAGGCGAAAUAUGUUGUGUUUGUUUAUCAGGCAUGAAGGAAGGAGAUGACAUGCGCGUUCUUCCUUGUUUGCAUCAGUUCCAUCGGGUGUGUGUCGAUAGGUGGCUCGAUGGGUGCAGGAAGAAUUGCCCAGUGUGCCGGUUUUCGAUGGGAGAAGAAGAGAGGUUUCAUAGAAGGGAAGCCUUCACUGAGGAGAUGUUGAUCUGGUUUUCAUCUUUCCAUGUAGCUGGCUUCUAG